AGCCAUUUGUCGAUCUGGUGUUGCGAUGAAGUUGGUGCUACUUAGUUUGUGCUGCUGCCUGGGGGCGUUGAGCGCGCUGGGGGCAGUGAUUAAGCCCUACGAGCACCCGGAGCUAAACUACCAUGAGCGCAUUGGCUUUCCGCUCGCCGAAGCCCUCAAGAAGGCGGAGCUCGCGUCCGACUUCGACGGCGGUAGGAUCAUCAGUGGCUCGCAGGCCGCACUCGGCGCCUACCCUUACAUGGCAGGCUUGAUUAUGACGAUGCAGAACGGGCGUGAUUCCGUCGGCGGAGGUACUCUGAUAAGCAACACGCGGGUUCUGACCGCGGCCCACAACUUGCGCAUUGAGCCAGAGUUAGUGCGCCACGUGACCGUCGUGCUGGGCUCUGUGCGCAUCUUCUCCGGGGGAACCAGGAUCGUCUCCAACAGGAUGGAACUGCACGCCAACUACAAUCCCCGCAACUUACACAACGAUAUCGCCAUCAUCACAAUCAACAGGGUCAACUAUAGCAACAACAUCCGAAACAUCGCGCUGGCGUCGGGCAGCAACACGUACGCUGGCGUGUGGGCCUGGGCCGCCGGCUUCGGCAAGACCCGGGACGCGUCGGCGGCGAGUCCGAACCUGAUGCACGUGCGCGUGCAGGUGAUCACCAACGACGCGUGCCGCGCCGCUUUCUCUAACAGCAACUCUGUGAUCGCGUCCACGCUCUGCAUCAGCGGCGCUACAGGCAACAUCUGCACCGGCGACUCCGGCGGCCCGCUUGUCGCCAACAACCGGCUCAUCGGGGUGACGUCAUUCGGCUCAGGGCAGUGCGAAGCGCGCCGCCCCUCCGGAUUCGCUCGCGUCAGCUCCUUCAACUCGUGGAUCAGAGCGCGCAUGUGAUACUUCAAAUUGCAAAAAUAAAUGACUGUUUAAUU